GAGGCGCAAAAAGUAGAAGCCGUGCAUUUUACAGCCCUGCUAAGGGGAGGCAGACAGGACGCGAGCUGCCCAGAGCUCUUCCGAGGCUUGAGUCUCUCUACCUUUGCACAGCUCUCACGACAUCGUCGGAGCAUUUCAGCAUGCCAGCCCAGGAGAUCAGAGACACUCAGCCCAGCCGAAAACAAGUGACAGAGAACAAUUAGAGAGGGGGCUCAGUUCUCAAAAGUGAGCCCGCUCCUUGAUCUGCAAAGCGGAAGCAGCUGCUGGUGCUGCUGCGAGAGCAAGAAAAAGGUGAAAUUCACCAAGAAAGAACUCGUCUCUGUUCCCGUCUAUUGAAUCCCAGCCAUGGCAUCUGUCUUGGGGAACAACAGAGGGUCUGGAGGGCUAAGUAGUCAACUCAAAUGUAAGUCCAAGAGGAGGAGGAGAAGAAGAUCAAAGAGAAAAGAAAAAGUAAGCAUAUUGUCAACCUUCAUCGUUCCCUUCAAGUACCUAAGCCCCGGUGCCACAAAUAUGGAAGAUGAAGACAAUUUAAGUACCAACAGUGCAGAAGUGAAGGAAAAUCGCAACGUGGGCAACUUGGAGGCGAAGCCACUGCCAUCCAGUGACCACCCAAGAGGAGGUACAUCUAGCAUCAAGAGGAAAAGACCCUUAGAGGAAGGGAACAGUGGCCAUUUCUGCAAACUCCAACUCAUCUGGAAAAAACUCUCAUGGUCGGUGACACCAAAGAACGCCCUGGUCCAACUCCACGAACUGAAACCAGGUUUACAGUAUAAAAUGGUUUCUCAGACAGGACCGGUCCACGCUCCUGUCUUUGCUGUAGCUGUCGAAGUUAAUGGAUUUACCUUUGAAGGCACAGGACCCACAAAAAAGAAAGCCAAGAUGAGGGCAGCAGAGUUAGCCCUGAAGUCUUUUGUCCAGUUUCCCAAUGCAUGCCAAGCACACUUUGCCAUGGGGAAUGGCAUCAGCCCAUCGACAGACUUUACCUCUGACCAGGCUGAUUUCCCAGAUACUCUAUUCAAAGAGUUUGAACCGUCCCCUCCAAGUGAUAACUUUUCCAGCUGCCAUCCCGUUAACACUGAAUUGCUCUCAACAGCUUACCGACAGGGGAGGUUACUCUAUCACAGGUUGGACUUGAUGGGCCAUGCAAAGCCCAAGUCCAAGUCGGCCUUCCAGGGGGAGAGGGAAAAGAACCCAGUGGUGGUGCUGAAUGAACUGCGCUCAGGGCUGAGAUACAUCUGCCUUUCCGAGACAGUGGAGAAGCAGCAUGCCAAGAGCUUUGUGAUGGCAGUGAGAGUGGAUGGGAGGACAUUUGAAGGCUCAGGACGUAGCAAGAAGCUGGCCAAGGGCCAAGCAGCCCAGGCUGCUCUUCAGGCCCUCUUUAACAUUCGGCUGCCCAGCCACAUUCCCAGCAGGAGUAAAUGUAACCCUUUGCCACAGGAGUUUGCUGAUUCAGUGUACCAGCUGGUCACACAGAAGUUUCAAGAAUUGACAGACAACCUGACUUCCAUGCAUGCCCGCCACAAAUCUCUGGCAGGAAUUGUCAUGACCAAAGGCUUGGAUGUUAGGCAUGCUCAGGUAAUUGCACUGUCAUCCGGUACCAAGUGCAUAAAUGGAGAAUACAUCAAUGACCAGGGACUCGUGGUCAAUGACUGCCACGCUGAGAUUGUGGCGAGGAGAGCAUUUGUUUACUUCCUCUACUCACAGCUGGAGCUGCACCUCAGCAAACAGCGAGAGGACUCGGAACGAUCCAUCUUCAUGCAGUUGAAAGAGGGAGGAUAUCGGCUGAAAGAGAACAUCCUAUUUCAUCUGUAUGUGAACACCUCUCCCUGCGGAGACGCGCGCCUCAACUCUCCCUAUGAAAUCACAACUGACUUAAACAGCAGCCGGCACAUCGUCAGGAAGUUCCGAGGACACCUACGAACAAAAAUAGAAUCAGGGGAAGGGACCAUCCCUGUCCGGUGUCACAACGCUGUUCAAACAUGGGAUGGCGUAUUGCUAGGCGAACAGCUUGUCACCAUGUCAUGCACAGACAAGAUUGCCAGAUGGAACAUUCUUGGGUUGCAAGGAGCUCUCCUCAGUCACUUCAUUGAGCCCAUCUACUUACACAGCAUUGUAGUGGGUAGUCUACAUCACACUGGUCACCUUUCCAGGGUAAUGAGUCACAGAAUAGAAGACAUUGGUCAGCUGCCAACUUCAUACCGGCAUAACCGGCCGCUCCUCAGUGGAGUGAGUAAUGCUGAGCUGCGCCAGCCAGGAAAAUCUCCCCAAUUCAGCGUAAACUGGAUUAUGGGUAAUGCAGACCUAGAGGUUAUUAAUGCCACUACGGGGAAGAGAAAUUGUGGAAGCUCAUCCAGGCUCUGCAAACAUGUGCUCUCUGCCCGAUGGGCAAAACUUUAUGGAAAGCUGAGCACACGGAUACCAAGCCAUGGAGAUGCGCCAUCAGUGUACUGCGAGGCCAAGCUGGUGGCCCAGACUUACCAGUCUGUUAAACAGCAGCUGUUUAAAGCAUUUCAGAAAGCAGGUCUGGGCACCUGGGUGAGGAAACCCCCAGAGCAAGACCAAUUUCUACUAACUGUAUAAAUCAUUAGACUCCUUUGCUACUCAACCAGAUUGAAACAAGUGGAGAAAGCCAGGGCAGGACAAGUGAGCUAAACAAAGGGAUUGUGCUGAUCAGUUUUCCCUUUUAGGUCCCAGAAAGACAUACAAGCAAAGUGUAUUGUAUUGGAAUGAGGCACAAAAAUAUGGCUUUGGAAACCAUCGCUUCUCAUUGCCAACACCCUACCAUGGUUGUGAAUGCCAAGACUCCUGUCUGGCAUAUGUAACAGUGCCACUGAGUGAUGCCAUGUUCCUUCCAUUUCUUCCCCAGGAUAUGAUGCUGAGUGUGAUUCCUACUUAAGAUUCUGGGGUAAUAGUCAUGGUUUAAAAAAAAAAAAGAGGUACCAAACUAACCCCAGCUCAAAAUGAACUCAGGUACCACCAACAUCCCCAGCUUUCCAAAUAAGCCAAAAGUGGAGAAGAAAUCCCCUUUCUAGCUAGUGCCCCCUCUAUAAGGGUGAGAUACACAAGACUAAAAGCAAAUUUCCCCAUUAUAGUGCACAAACUCUUCUUGGAUCCUCUUUCAUGACAUGAUUUUGAGUGUCUUGUAAAGGUCAAUCUAGCAUAUAACUUCAUCUCUAUUUGGCCUGCUCAAACACCUGAAAUUCUACCUUUAGAGAGUCACAGCAUUAGAUGGAUGCAUCUUCAUGAGGUUUGCACUAAAAUAAAGAUCCCCCUGAAAGGAGUAACAUAUUGAUCUAAUACCUAUUAACACCCUCACUGUGAUUAGUUUGUCAGACAACUAGCAGUCACCUUAUAAAAGGCAGAGCUGGGACCCGAGAGAACUAGAGAAAAGAUGGGCAAAUGUUAAGUAUUGAAGGAAGGUUCAGAAAAGACCGAGAGCUUGGGAUAUUGUCUUUUGGAGCAUGACUUCUUAAGGCAUUUCAAGAUGGAACAAUUUGGUAUGGAGGCUCUGUGCCUGGCAGAGGCAUGGGUCAUUGGGUCAUAGACUGCUGCUUACAUUACUAACACCUAAGGUUUACUCUAUGGAUAAAAUGUCUCAGUUCUACUGUUAAUUCAACUGAGUGACAUUGGGUGAGACAUUUUCCUUCUCUGGGUUCUCAGUUGCCUGGAAUCAAUAAAAUGAGAAACUAGAUGAUCUUUGAGGUCCCUUCAGUCCAAGGGGUACCACGAGGGCAACAAACACUUCAAGAAAGGAGGGACACUGAAAGGAGAGAGAGGGGAAGUCCUAAAAUGGCAGUUUCACAAGAAACUGCCCAUUUCACAAUUUUCUACGUGGUUGACCCUGGACCCCAGUUCAUUCAGUCAACCAUCACUUAUACCAAGCACCUCCUAUAUACCAAGGCCAAUGAUGGUUGCUGGAAAUGCAAAAUCAAAAGUAAAGUGGUGUCUAUCUUCAAGAAACAUCCCUUGGGAGAAAACAUGUCCAAUAGAGAAGUGAACAUAAAACAUACGCAGAGUAAAAAACAAAGUAAUGGGAAUGAGGGGCUAGUACCUGGGGCAUUAGGAUAAGCCUCAAGAUAGGGGAAAAUGGAGAAUAGCAAAAGUAACCAAAAUUGGCAUUACAUACUACAGUAAGUCUCUCAUCAUACAGAACUGCCCCAAACCCAACAAGAGAUCACCCAAUCCCUGAGUCCCAAUGUUUUCCUGAGAGGUUAGAGAUGCAGCUAUAUCCAUUCACUUAAUAAACAUUAACAAAGUACCUACUCUUUGCCAGGCACUAGGCAUUAAGGGGCUACAAAGGUGAGUAAGAAAUGGUCUCUGCCCUCAGGGAGCUUAUAAUCUAGUAGGAAAGAUAACCUGUGUAUGCAAAAACUGUAAGACAUGAUAAGAUUUAGCAAUGCAGUGAGAGGUAUAGAAUGUAAAUGGAAUUAAGAGGAGUGAAUGAUCCCUUCUGGAUGGGAAGGUUUCAUGGAGAAGUUUGGAUUUCAGUUGUAUCUGAAGGCACUAACGUCCCAUAGUCUCAGGGCCACAGGGUUAGAUCAUUGUAUCCCAGGGUCAUAGGUAAUUGCCUACAUUGCCAAUGCCUACGACUCUCUAUUUGUCUCCAAAGUCCUAUAUGUACCACAAACUCACUAUGUGACCUUGACAAAGUGACUUCAUCUCUCUAAGUCUCAGUUUUCUCAUCUGCAAAAUGCGAAAGUUGGGCUAGAUGACCUCUGAAGUCCCUUCCAGGUCAUAGUCCAUGAUUCUAAGUAGCUUAGAGACUCAAGAGACUUCAGGCCAGUACAACAAGACAAGGUCUACAUGGCACAAAAGGAUACGAAGGAUUAGGUGGUAAAUUCAGGUAGUAUAGAUAAGUCACCGAGAAUAAUUCCAUCCCCUCUGGCCUUCCUCCCAGCCCCCCAAAUUUGUAGCUUUAAAGAACAGAGUAGAUAGCUCUGAGAAUGAGAAAGCAAAAUUAAUUGCAUCAGAUUUUGAAUAAUUCAUGUCCCCAUUAUGGAAAGGGAAACAAAACAAAAGUUUGGGAGUGGGACAAUAAAGUCAAAAUGUCUGCAUCACCCAGACUGCCUUUUCAUCACCUGAAUUCACCACCCAAUUCCAUAUCUCUUUGUGCUAAGCAUGCCCUGCCAAUACCAAUGACUCCAAGUUACAUGUUUUUGAGGAACAUGGAAAAGAAAGGUCUUGGUUUCUAGGGCAGAUGCAUUCUUCCUCAGAUCUAUGUGACCUGUUGCUGAAGUCUCCAUAGUAUACUAACAUCUUCCACCCCAUAACAUGCAUUGCUUUCUUGUCACCAAGGAAAACAUCCCCCACACACUGUUCUUUGCCAGGUCCAAAAGUCACAAAGCCAGAGGGAUCCCUUGUUAACCAUCACUUGUUAACUGUAGCUGAACUCAAAUGACAAAAUGGCACCCCUCCUCUAAGCUUUGUUCGUCCACCCCCAGAACCAUUCUUCAUGUCCAAUGUAUAUUAUCAAGUCUUUUGGUUUCAGUGUUUCCUUUCCCCUCCCCCCAUCAAAAGGAUUUCGAUAUCUCAAACCUCUGUUUCCUUUUUGAUUGCUUCUCUCCCAAUCUGUAUAUAAUCAUAUAUAUGUCAUGCUGCUACUGAUUUGUGACGAAUGUCUUCUUGUUCCCCCAAAAUGUUACUUUUCAAACACAUAGCUCAUGGGUUUUUUCCAUACAAUUUGCUUUUUAUGAGGAAAUGUUCUUAUCAAUAAAGUUAAAUUCUUUUUAAAAAUAUAUAUUAUAUAUAUAGCAUUUACCAUGUCUGGAGAGCCAUAUGGAGUAAAGACAUAGUAUACUGAUGCCCAGAAUAGAAUAGUUACAGUAUUUUGAUGAGCUCCUAUUUUUAGAUUACAAAUUUCAAGCUGUGUCUAUAGUAUUUGUUUUCUAAGAAAAAUAAUUAAAGUUGUUCAAAUUUUAUUGUAAUAAAGAAAAGUAGAUGUUUUUAAUUUAGGGUAACAGAGAUUCCCCUCGAAGAAAUCUUGCCAAUGACACAUCCCGUCUGAACUGUCCAAAAUACAAAAAUAACACUUGCUAACCAAAACUAAUGAGAAGUUAGGAAAAGUCCUGGGGCAGGGGCGGGGGUUGGAGGGAGACAUCCAAUUGCUGUGACCAUCUCCUCCUUUGGGUUCACCUUAUGUACCUUUGGCGAGGUCUCUACCUUGCCUCUCCGAUAGGAUCCAAUGUCUACAUCCCAGCUUACUACUCAGGAUAAUCUAUUGGUCAAUAUAUUUCUUCAGGGAAUCCCUAAGACAGGAGCACGACACUCUAUAGGAAAAAUAACAUUAGGAGCAGAGAGAGACACCCCCCCAAAGUUCCUCUGGGAAAUUUCUACCCCUUGUAUCCCUUCUCUUUUUCUCUCUUUAUCCUUUUGGUCCAUGACACAACUUAAUGGAAAGAAUGCUGCAUCUGGCGUCUGAAGACAGGAGCUUUUAGUCCCAGCUCUGCUAAUUUACUAGAUGUGUGACCAGAAUCCUUCUGAUGCUUAGUUUACUCAUCUGUAAAAUAGGACAAUAAAAGUGUACUACCUACCUCACAGGGUUGUUGUGAGGAUCAAACGAGAUAAUUUAAACUGUAAAGCACCAUAUCAAUGUUCCCUUCUAUUUCUUUAUUCUCAUUUCUUUCCCUUCCCCCAUCCAUGAACUCUUUUUCCCACCUAUAAUUCCUGACAGGUAUACCCACAGGUGUUUAUGAAUUCAGGACUAAAGAGAAUUCUGCCCCUGGUCCUGUGUACCUAACCAGCCUAAAAAGUUAAGGUUAACUGGUUCUGACUGAUUGGAAGACUCUUGUUUGCAAUGGGACCUUUGCAAGGAAAUGCAGACUGCAAGUAUGAGAUUGGGUAUCAAGUACAACAUCUUAAGACAACUCUUUAUUUUAAAGUAUGGCAUACUGAACGAUCCUUCCUCUAAUAAAAAGACUUGAUGACAAUCCCAAUUCCCUCACCUCAUCUCACAUAGGCAGUAGGUCUCUAAUGUUCCUUAGAAUAAGCAGCCACUCCAAACCCAGGCAACCACAUCCCAGCAGUUAACUGUAAACAUUCAACGUUUUCUGAAGCAAAAGGACCUCACCCAAUAGAAAUUCUUAAAUGAAGGUAUGUACAUAAAAGCAUGGCUGAAUGGCAAUACUGUACCAAUGGGUGUACAUUUGUAAUAUUUGUAAAAAAAAAAAAAAA